AAACGAACAAAGAAAGUAAGAAAAAAAUAGAAUCAAAACACAAUCGAACAAAUCCAAUGAUUGGAUUAUUUUUUAUAUUCUAUUCACUCUGCAUGAUUGUCGUUCAAGCAACAAUGUCCAAUGCUAAUCAAGAGCGAACUUUUUUAAUGAUCAAACCGGAUGGUGUUCAACGUGGUUUAAUUGGUGAAAUUAUUCAACGUUUUGAAUCGAAAGGUUUUCAGUUGAUUGCAAUGAAAGUACUGAUGGCUAAUGAUGAAAUAUUGCAACAACAUUAUCAAGAUCUUGCUGAUCGUCCAUUUUUUCCAAGUCUUAUUGAAUAUAUGAAAAUGGGUCCAAUUGUUCCAAUGGUAUGGCAAGGAUUGAAUGUAGUGCGUACUGGACGACAAAUGUUGGGUGAAACAAAUCCAGCUGAUUCAAAACCAGGCACAAUUCGUGGCGAUCUUUGUAUUCAAACCGGGCGUAAUAUCAUUCAUGGUAGUGAUUCAAUUGAAACUGCUGAACGUGAAAUUGAUAUUUGGUUCGAACCUGAAGAAUUAAUACAAUACAGUUCUAGUCGCGAUGUUUGGAUUUAUGAAUGAUGAUCAUUUCCAGAAUCGAACAAAUGAUCAUGAAAUGGUCGACUUGUAGAAUCGAAUUUUUCUUUUACCUAAAAAAUUAGUAUCGAUAUUAUGUUCAAUUUUAUC